AUGGAUGGGCCUUUCGCCACGAUGGAUGAGGAAACGAGGAAGACUUAUAUGGAACGCGGGCGCGCGAUGAUGGAAGCCCGGCGCGCAGAGAUUUUGAGCCACUCACCCGAGAAAUUCGAGCAGUUAAGACGCCAGGGAUAUAUUAUAUUCAAAAGGUACCUUCAAGGAGAACAAUGGAUGCCGCUGCAGGGGAAACUUCAUUCUCCCCUCAUCACUACAUCAGAGGAGCCUUCCAAAGCCCAUAAACAAAAUAUGGGUAGUAGUGGUAGUAGUCAUUUGCCACAGGACGAUAAUAUCACAGCAAAGGAGUACAACAUGCCCACAACAAAGUUGGCGGAGUGGUGCGCUCCCACCGACAAACCGUUAUUUCCGGAGUCAACACCCGCGGAACCCGAGGAGUUGCACCACGUGGCGUUGUUAACGAUGUGUGGACCUUCCGUCAGCUGUGUGGAUGGUGAUGAUGAAGACUUCAAGCAGUUAUCGUAUAACAAAGAUGUAGCUACGCUACACAAAACAAUGGAGAUACAGCACCAACAAAUAGAGCAACUGAACGCUCAACUUCGAAACCAAGAAUCUGAAAUCGAUGUGCUAACAAAUGAGUUGAAGGGUGUGACCGAGGCGAAUGCAAGGCAACUGCAAAAGGAAGAAGAGUUGCAAAGUCUUCAAGAAGCACUGCAGGAGCGCGACAGGGAAUUGCAACUCCGACUCGAAAGCGUUAAUGAGCAGAACGACAGUCUCAAAACUCAAAUAAUGGAGUUGCAUAUUCUUCUCGAACUCAAAGCGAAAGAACUGCAAAAACUAAAAGAUGAUAACAAUGCCCUUAGAGGUGAAGUGGUAACAAUACAGAACGAAGGCGAUACGAUCAAGGAGAGCGAAACGAAGUGCAAAGAACGUAUUUUGCAACUAGAAGCAGCAAACUCAGAGCUUGGCGUACAAGUAGAUGUGAGUAAAAAGGAAGUAGAAGCCGCUCACCAGCGCAUAAAAAACCUCGAGCAGGAAUUAACACGCGAGCGGAAAAUAAACGAGGACAGUACCGUUGCCUACAACAAGGUAAAAAAAGAACUGGAAUGUAAAGAAAAAACAGAGCAGCAGAAGCAAGAGGAAAUAAAACAACGGAAGCGUGCCGAAAAAGCGAUGAUCAGGGAGCUAAGUGAGUUACAAGACCGUAUCCACACACUUGAGAGUACACAGGAAACUGAAAACAAUAGUAGUACCGCCGGUAUUCCUUUGAAUCCUUUUGCUAAAAUGGUUAUACAAGGUGAGGCCUCUCAACCAAGAGUGGAGGACGAUGAUGAUGCUGUUGUAUUUGGUGUGGGAGACUCUGUGACACCUUCUGUAUGCGUUGAAACCGGAAUGGCACUUCGUGUUAAGGAGCUUGAGAUGUGCAUUUCCGGCUUGCAACAACAACUUGAAAGUGAAAGAGCUGAUGCAGCAAGAGAGGUAGACUCGUUGCGUCACCGUAUCGCUGAGCAUGAUGAACUUCUCAGACAGAAAUUGGAGGAAUACAAGGCUGAGCAGGAGGCGAAGUUUCUUGAAGAACUUGAAGCGUGCCGCACAGGUAACGAAUCGGAUGAUGCCAUUCUUGAACGCCUUAAUACUCUCCAAGCUUGUAACGAUCAGUUAAAGGAAGAACUUCGUGAACUGGAAGAAAGGCAGCAAGUAGAAUUAGCUAAUGUGACACAGGAAGCAGCUGACCGUAUCGCUGAGCAUGAUGAACUUCUCAGACAGAAAUUGGAGGAAUACAAGGCUGAGCAGGAGGCGAAGUUUCUUGAAGAACUUGAAGCGUGCCGCACAGGUAACGAAUCGGAUGAUGCCAUUCUUGAACGCCUUAAUGCUCUCCAAGCUUGUAACGAUCAGUUAAAGGAAGAACUUCGUGAACUGGAAGAAAGGCAGCAAGUAGAAUUAGCUAAUGUGACACAGGAAGCAGCUGACCGUAUCGCUGAGCAUGAUGAACUUCUCAGACAGAAAUUGGAGGAAUACAAGGCUGAGCAGGAGGCGAAGUUUCUUGAAGAACUUGAAGCGUGCCGCACAGGUAACGAAUCGGAUGAUGCCAUUCUUGAACGCCUUAAUACUCUCCAAGCUUGUAACGAUCAGUUAAAGGAAGAACUUCGUGAACUGGAAGAAAGGCAGCAAGUAGAAUUAGCUAAUGUGACACAGGAAGCAGCUGACCGUAUCGCUGAGCAUGAUGAACUUCUCAGACAGAAAUUGGAGGAAUACAAGGCUGAGCAGGAGGCGAAGUUUCUUGAAGAACUUGAAGCGUGCCGCACAGGUAACGAAUCGGAUGAUGCCAUUCUUGAACGCCUUAAUGCUCUCCAAGCUUGUAACGAUCAGUUAAAGGAAGAACUUCGUGAACUGGAAGAAAGGCAGCAAGUAGAAUUAGCUAAUGUGACACAGGAAGCAGCUGACCGUAUCGCUGAGCACGAUGAACUUCUCAGACAGAAAUUGGAGGAAUACAAGGCUGAGCAGGAGGCGAAGUUUCUUGAAGAACUUGAAGCGUGCCGCACAGGUAACGAGUCGGAUGAUGCCAUUCUUGAACGCCUUAAUACUCUCCAAGCUUGUAACGAUCAGUUAAAGGAAGAACUUCGUGAACUGGAAGAAAGGCAGCAAGUAGAAUUAGCUAAUGUGACACAGGAAGCAGCUGACCGUAUCGCUGAGCAUGAUGAACUUCUCAGACAGAAAUUGGAGGAAUACAAGGCUGAGCAGGAGGCGAAGUUUCUUGAAGAACUUGAAGCGUGCCGCACAGGUAACGAAUCGGAUGAUGCCAUUCUUGAACGCCUUAAUACUCUCCAAGCUUGUAACGAUCAGUUAAAGGAAGAACUUCGUGAACUGGAAGAAAGGCAGCAAGUAGAAUUAGCUAAUGUGACACAGGAAGCAGCUGACCGUAUCGCUGAGCAUGAUGAACUUCUCAGACAGAAAUUGGAGGAAUACAAGGCUGAGCAGGAGGCGAAGUUUCUUGAAGAACUUGAAACGUGCCGCACAGGUAACGAGUCGGAUGAUGCCAUUCUUGAACGCCUUAAUACUCUCCAAGCUUGUAACGAUCAGUUAAAGGAAGAACUUCGUGAACUGGAAGAAAGGCAGCAAGUAGAAUUAGCUAAUGUGACACAGGAAGCAGCUGACCGUAUCGCUGAGCAUGAUGAACUUCUCAGACAGAAAUUGGAGGAAUACAAGGCUGAGCAGGAGGCGAAGUUUCUUGAAGAACUUGAAGCGUGCCGCACAGGUAACGAGUCGGAUGAUGCCAUUCUUGAACGCCUUAAUACUCUCCAAGCUUGUAACGAUCAGUUAAAGGAAGAACUUCGUGAACUGGAAGAAAGGCAGCAAGUAGAAUUAGCUAAUGUGACACAGGAAGCAGCUGACCGUAUCGCUGAGCAUGAUGAACUUCUCAGACAGAAAUUGGAGGAAUACAAGGCUGAGCAGGAGGCGAAGUUUCUUGAAGAACUUGAAGCGUGCCGCACAGGUAACGAAUCGGAUGAUGCCAUUCUUGAACGCCUUAAUGCUCUCCAAGCUUGUAACGAUCAGUUAAAGGAAGAACUUCGUGAACUGGAAGAAAGGCAGCAAGUAGAAUUAGCUAAUGUGACACAGGAAGCAGCUGACCGUAUCGCUGAGCAUGAUGAACUUCUCAGACAGAAAUUGGAGGAAUACAAGGCUGAGCAGGAGGCGAAGUUUCUUGAAGAACUUGAAGCGUGCCGCACAGGUAACGAGUCGGAUGAUGCCAUUCUUGAACGCCUUAAUGCUCUCCAAGCUUGUAACGAUCAGUUAAAGGAAGAACUUCGUGAACUGGAAGAAAGGCAGCAAGUAGAAUUAGCUAAUGUGACACAGGAAGCAGCUGACCGUAUCGCUGAGCAUGAUGAACUUCUCAGACAGAAAUUGGAGGAAUACAAGGCUGAGCAGGAGGCGAAGUUUCUUGAAGAACUUGAAGCGUGCCGCACAGGUAACGAAUCGGAUGAUGCCAUUCUUGAACGCCUUAAUACUCUCCAAGCUUGUAACGAUCAGUUAAAGGAAGAACUUCGUGAACUGGAAGAAAGGCAGCAAGUAGAAUUAGCUAAUGUGACACAGGAAGCAGCUGACCGUAUCGCUGAGCAUGAUGAACUUCUCAGACAGAAAUUGGAGGAAUACAAGGCUGAGCAGGAGGCGAAGUUUCUUGAAGAACUUGAAACGUGCCGCACAGGUAACGAGUCGGAUGAUGCCAUUCUUGAACGCCUUAAUACUCUCCAAGCUUGUAACGAUCAGUUAAAGGAAGAACUUCGUGAACUGGAAGAAAGGCAGCAAGUAGAAUUAGCUAAUGUGACACAGGAAGCAGCUGACCGUAUCGCUGAGCAUGAUGAACUUCUCAGACAGAAAUUGGAGGAAUACAAGGCUGAGCAGGAGGCGAAGUUUCUUGAAGAACUUGAAGCGUGCCGCACAGGUAACGAAUCGGAUGAUGCCAUUCUUGAACGCCUUAAUACUCUCCAAGCUUGUAACGAUCAGUUAAAGGAAGAACUUCGUGAACUGGAAGAAAGGCAGCAAGUAGAAUUAGCUAAUGUGACACAGGAAGCAGCUGACCGUAUCGCUGAGCAUGAUGAACUUCUCAGACAGAAAUUGGAGGAAUACAAGGCUGAGCAGGAGGCGAAGUUUCUUGAAGAACUUGAAGCGUGCCGCACAGGUAACGAAUCGGAUGAUGCCAUUCUUGAACGCCUUAAUGCUCUCCAAGCUUGUAACGAUCAGUUAAAGGAAGAACUUCGUGAACUGGAAGAAAGGCAGCAAGUAGAAUUAGCUAAUGUGACACAGGAAGCAGCUGACCGUAUCGCUGAGCAUGAUGAACUUCUCAGACAGAAAUUGGAGGAAUACAAGGCUGAGCAGGAGGCGAAGUUUCUUGAAGAACUUGAAGCGUGCCGCACAGGUAACGAAUCGGAUGAUGCCAUUCUUGAACGCCUUAAUACUCUCCAAGCUUGUAACGAUCAGUUAAAGGAAGAACUUCGUGAACUGGAAGAAAGGCAGCAAGUAGAAUUAGCUAAUGUGACACAGGAAGCAGCUGACCGUAUCGCUGAGCAUGAUGAACUUCUCAGACAGAAAUUGGAGGAAUACAAGGCUGAGCAGGAGGCGAAGUUUCUUGAAGAACUUGAAGCGUGCCGCACAGGUAACGAGUCGGAUGAUGCCAUUCUUGAACGCCUUAAUACUCUCCAAGCUUGUAACGAUCAGUUAAAGGAAGAACUUCGUGAACUGGAAGAAAGGCAGCAAGUAGAAUUAGCUAAUGUGACACAGGAAGCAGCUGACCGUAUCGCUGAGCAUGAUGAACUUCUCAGACAGAAAUUGGAGGAAUACAAGGCUGAGCAGGAGGCGAAGUUUCUUGAAGAACUUGAAGCGUGCCGCACAGGUAACGAAUCGGAUGAUGCCAUUCUUGAACGCCUUAAUACUCUCCAAGCUUGUAACGAUCAGUUAAAGGAAGAACUUCGUGAACUGGAAGAAAGGCAGCAAGUAGAAUUAGCUAAUGUGACACAGGAAGCAGCUGACCGUAUCGCUGAGCAUGAUGAACUUCUCAGACAGAAAUUGGAGGAAUACAAGGCUGAGCAGGAGGCGAAGUUUCUUGAAGAACUUGAAACGUGCCGCACAGGUAACGAGUCGGAUGAUGCCAUUCUUGAACGCCUUAAUGCUCUCCAAGCUUGUAACGAUCAGUUAAAGGAAGAACUUCGUGAACUGGAAGAAAGGCAGCAAGUAGAAUUAGCUAAUGUGACACAGGAGGCAGGUGGAACUCGUGGAUAUUGUGGUGUUACUGUUUUUGUUGCUUCUACUUCAAGUAGUGUUGGUAGUGUUAGAUCGCUUUUGGGUGCAGAUAGUUGUUUACCUUGUAUAAAUCUAGAGACCGCUGACUGCGGUGCUAAAGAAGCGGAAUGCUGCAUUUCUCAUAGGGAGGUUGUCGGAAAUGGUAGUCACUGUGUCGAUGUAUUGAAGGGUUCUGAAAAGGUGUCCUCGCGGGUGCAAACUGAUUCCCCGGAAGCAAUCGGCGUUGUGUGUCGGUCUUUUGUUGAUAUGACCGAGGAUCGAGAAAAUGGUGAAAGGGUUGAUUAUGGGAACUUAAAUGGUUUAUCGUACUGUAAUUUUAGUGGGGACAUUCCCGAUGAUAUCGGCAUGGGUAACUUGGUGAUCUGCCGCAAGCAGUCUAAAUGCAACAAGAGUUGCCAGGUAGAUGAUGGCGUGGUUCCACUUGAUGAUAGUAAUGAAGCCGAGUUGCGCGUUGAGGAUUGUCAAACGUUGCCGGAUGUGACGAGAAAUCGUGUUGAACUGCAAAGGGAAGAACAGUCACGUUUGCACAGCGAGAAUGGAGGCUCUGAGAAAGAGGUACACACUGCGGAGCUGGAUCAUACCACGCUGAAGCAUAACGUUGUCGAAGACCUCUUUGCCGAGAAGGUGCUGACAAUACCUCUCGUUGUGGAAUAUCUGUUUAGGGCUGUUUUGGACGCGCAUGAAUACCUUGUACGGCACCACGUAAACUUCCAACGUAAAUUGCUUAGUCGUUGCGAUGUUAUUGAGCGAGCAGCCAGUGAUGCUAUGAUCGAGGGUGAGCGGCAGUGCGAAGAGUUCAUGGCCGUUGUUGAGGGUGCGGAGGUGGAGCGACAAGGUCUGCUACGUCAAAUUACUGAACUUCAGCAGGAAGUUGCUACAUUCAAAGCCUCUUCAGAAAGAGUUGAGUCUGAACUUUGUUCCAAUAAGGAGGAGCACAGCAAGGUUAUAAGAAAGUUACAUGAAAAACUUGACGCCACACAGCAUGAGAUGGAGGUGGUCAAGGUCGAGUAUGCAAACUCUUUACACAAGAUGGAACUCGUGAAAACUGAGAACGCAAACGUCCUGCACCUAUUUUCCGAACUGAAGAAAACAGCAGCAGAUGUUGAGGACGAACAGCGACGGGAGGUUGUUCGGCUUCAGGAGGCGCUGAGGGAAAAGACGCACACCUCUCGUGAACUACUCGAACUAACGGAGCAGAAACUCGCAGCAGCAUUGGAGGAGGUUGACCAGUGCAAGUGUUCGCGCGAAGACUUGGAGAAACAGCUGCGGUCAACCAAGUCAAGUCUUGAUCGCGUUAUUCCCCGUCUUGAGCGUGCCGAAACGGAACGGGACUCCCUGGAGUCUCAGCUGCUUGAUGCCACGCAGGAAGUACAGUUGUUGACCCAGAGAAACCGUACAGCUGAAGAAGCCUCCCGUCGACAGGCAGACGCCCUCACUGCAACUGUGGAGGAGCUACGGGAAGCCAACACGAAGUUGGGAGAAUCCUGCAAAGAGCAACAGGCCCAAUUGGAUUCGUUGAAGGCGCAGUUGGCCGUUGCUGAAACCGAGUUGGAGCGGUUGCGUAUGCGAGCAACACAGCAAGAAAGUGAUGCCCAACGCUUAAAUGGAAAGUUAUGUGAGUUGGAAUCUUCGAGCACCCUUCAGGUCGAGGAAGCCGCCGCAGCUCUGCGGGCUGCCGAAAUGCGUAUUGCUGCUCUCGAACCACGUAAAGCAGCUCUACAAGAAGAGGUAGAUCACGUACGACGGAAGAAUUGUGAACUUCAGGGGUGUUGCGACGAACUGAAGGAGCGCCUUCGUCAAGCGGCCGAUACAACUCAAAAUGCAGAACAAAUGCACAACCGCCGCGUUCAGCAGCUCAAUGAGCAAGUGGAGGCGCUACAGCUUGAGGUCAAGCAACUGCAGGAGGCUCACGACGGACUGGUUGCCGAUAGGGAGCAGUUGGUUCGGGAGCAAGUGGGUGCCGCCCAAGAGACCGAACGGAUCAAGCAAAAUCUCGAGAGGUGUAAUCAACAGAAGGAACGGCUGCAAAAUGAGAUACAGUGGCAGCGGGAGUCCUAUGAAAGUGAAAUACAAGCUGCCCAGGAAACGCUGAAUGGUGCACGGGAGGAGCUCAGCAAGUGGCGCCACACCUUAGAAGAGGCGGAGGCUCAGCAAAACGCCAUGCGGGACACGAUAAGUAUGUUGCAGGUGGAGAGGACAAGCAACCACGAGCAGAUCAGGGCUGUCCGGCUUCAGCUGCGCGAAUACCAGGAGCUCCUUGCACAGGAGCGGGGGUAUCUGCAUGAAACGGGACUCAAAUUUCUGCGGAGCUGCAGCGAUGAAUGUAGUGUACAAAAAUCCCCGAGUGUGCCGUACACUCCACAGAGAGAAUGUGGUACGCGAGAAACUUGUUCCCUAACUUCAGCACCUGCCGGAUGUUGCGACUCCCAAAAAACGCAAGGGUCAGCGAGCCAGAAGUCGAUUGCACGGCUGCGAAACAUUGUGGCACAGAAAUCUCUGCUCCUAGAGGAAAGAGAGGCUCAGGUGGAGUCGUUGUACAGCGAGAUGAAGACCGCUAUUGUACAUGUCGUGCAAGAAGCAAGGAACGCACAACUUGGCUCGAAAGCCUUGGCGCCGGUGGAUCAGAGGGAAUUAUUGUUGAACAAUAUAAUGCAUAACUUGUUACUCCGACUCGGUCGCCUCUCGCGGGUGGUGCGGGAGCCUAGCACUGACAGCACGGGGUCGGGAUCCCGGGACCCUGCGAAUGCGGAGGUUUCACCGAACUCCAGUACAAAUCCGGAAGCCGUACUGAAUUUCUCAUCAGCUGCUACUCCUAAAGAACGUGUUAGUGGGGGAGGGGAUGAAAGCACGGAUGCCAGAUGA